AUGACGAAACGUAUCCUGAUCGUAGGCCCACCAAAAUCCGGCAAACUAACUCUUGUCAAAGCUCUCACCUCGUCCCUUCCCUCAGAUCUCCUACCGACCAACACCUCCCACGCCGGUCUCUCGCACACCCUACCGAUCAAAACACCAUACUACUCAGCAGAUGUACCAAUCUGGGUCGAUGAAUUCACGCCGGGCAAGGAGGAUGAGUGGGUAGACGGCUAUUGCUCCGAGGAAGCACGGGAGGUGCUUGACGUGCUCGGGGCUAUUAUCGUAACGUUUCGGCAUGGGGAGGAUAUGAGGGAUUGUAUGAAGGGUACCAAAGCUGCUGAGAGGAUUGUGGAGCGGUGUGGUGGGGAGUAUGGGGUAUGGAACGGUGUUUGUGUGGCUGUGGGAAUGCACAAAUCAGUGGAGGGGGUGGAUGAGGGAAAGUGCGAGGAGGCGUGUACGGAUGCUGGGUUUGAGUAUGUCGAUUUUGCUGCGACUGGGAGGAAUGAAUAUGGAGAACAAACCGGACUCGCCCGAAUCCGGGAAGCGCUGGAAGCGAAUGACUGGAAUGAUGAGCAUACGAUUGACGAAAAUGAUCUCGACGGCGAGGGUCCGAUAGCCGAGAUUGGGGAUGAUUUCGGUACGUCGGAGUUCGAUGAGGAGUUCUUUGAUAUGUCACGGGAAAUGGCUGGGUUACGGGAGGCGUUGGCACAGUCGAGUAUACCACAAGAGGACAAAGACAAUGAAGAGGAGAAUAAUGAUGGUCUUGAUGACGAUGAGGUUGAGGGGCUGGAGAAGAUGAUGGGCGCAUUGUUGGCUGCGAGGGAACAAGGGAAAGAUCUUCCGUUGGCUGAGCGGAGAGAGCUGGCGGCACAGACGGUGGGUCAAUUAAUGAAGAAAAUGUGA